AUGAUUUCUGAUGAAGAAGCUGCACGUAUACUAUUGAUGUUGUGUCGCUCACCACAGACUUCGCCGAAAAGGCGGAGUGUUGUGGUGCCAUUGGAGAGGGAUGAGAGAAUUUGUGGUCCAGUUCCACGAAAGAAGAGAGGAAGCAAUCGCAUUCAUACGACAUCUUCUUCUUCUUCUUCUUCUACUGCAGUAGUGGAGAAUGUGAGUAAAGAAGACCCUGAUCCCCAUAUUCACAACGGCCCAUUAAUGGAAUCUCCAACAAAGCCCACCAAAAACCGCAAGAAACGUCCUCCUCUGUUUCCUCCCAUGGAAAAACAACCCAAGAAGGCAAAAGGCAGAACCGAUCGUUGUUGUUUAGCAGCUGCAGCCUCUUCCUCCGGGAUGAGAGAGCCGCCGCCGGAGUGGCUGUUGCGGUUGAUGGCAAGCAAGAACGGAGCCGACCCGAAGAAGAUCAUAGAUAAGGAGCUGACGGCAACGGAUCUUAGCUCAGGCCACAACCGUCUCUCGAUGCCUUUCAGCAGCAUCGUUGAUUUGGAGUUCUUGAACCCGGUGGAAGAAAGGACCAUACAGCAACAUGUCAGAAAGACUAGCAGUAAAGGAGUUGACGCGAAACUCGUGAGCUCUGAUCUAAGAGAGUUUGAUGUGAAUUUGAGGAGAUGGAACAUGAAGAAGAAAUCAGGGGGAUUCACACCUGUUUACAAUUUGGUUACAGGGUGGAAUCGUGUGGUCAAAGAUUGCGGUCUUAAGGAGAAGGAUAACAUCUGCCUCUGGUCUUUCCACUCUGAUGGAGAACUGCAUUUCGCUCUCGUUCCUCCUCCGCCUAGUGAUUCCGGAGAAUCCAAACCCGAGGAGACAAGCUCUGCUUUAGUGAUCUAUGACAAGUCUAUCAAUGACUUGCCAUCCAAUCCCGUUUACAAUUUGGUUACAACGUCGAAUCAAGUGGUCAAAGAGAUCGAUCAACAGGAAAACGAUAACAUUCGCCUCUGGUCUUUUCGCUCAAAUGGCAAACACUACUUUGCUCUGGUUCUUAUUCCGACGACGAGUAAUUCCGGAAAUUCUAAAUCCGGGAAGCGAAACUCUGCUUUAGUGAUUCAUGAGAAAACCUAA